UUAUCAGAUUAACACACAUCAAUAAAAUAAAUACUUUACUCGGUAUAACCACAGACCCACAGUUUACAAAUUGUGUUAUUUUACACGACCAAUCUGACCUAUCUAUUAGGCAAACAACGCUAUUUUAUUUUUAUUUUUAACGUCCAUGAUUACACAUUAUUUCAAUAAAUUCAGUAGAACUUUAUCUGCUGUCUCAUCAUCCUUCAUUGUCAGAGUCAACACGCCUAUAACAAGUUACACAAAAUUUUGGCCAAGGUCAAUCAGCGUGGCAAUAAAGAAGCCAGAUCUAGUUUCUCAAAUACUGUUAGUACAAUCACAUCGAAACUUUCAUAAACAAUCUUGCAACAAUAUGAUUGUCAAAAAUGGAGGGGAAAUUAUUCUGGAAUCGGAUUAUGUACCAAAUAAAUUGGUUUACAAACAUAAGAGCAUGGCCCAGGCAUUGCUCGAUAGGGCAGAAGAAAAUUUGAAAGAAGGGAGAUCCAAAUGGAUGACAAAUUCCAUCACGGGAGAAACAUUAACUUUUAAUGAUGUUGAUGUAAUGAGCCGGAAAGUGGCGAGUUUUCUUGUGAAGCGUGGGAUGAAAAGCGGAGACAAAAUCAUUUAUCUUACGUUCGAUAUUACAAAAAUGUUUGCCAUUGUCAUUGGAGUAUGGAGAACAGGAGGGGUUGUUUGUACCUCAUAUCCUGAAGACACUGCAGAAACGCUAUCCGAUCGUGUGAAGGAUUACACUGCAAAGUGGCUAUUUUGCGAUCCAUCGACAGUUGCCCAAUGCCAAUCUGCAGCUAAAACGGUGUCCUGGCCAGUUGAGAUUUGUGUAUUCGGAACUGCAGCCGGGUGCACAUCAGUGGACGAAAUUUUUGAAGACGAUGGAGCCCAAUGUCCGGAAAAAAUAACUAGCGAUCUUCAUGACCCGAUUUUGAUAUUAUGCACUAGUGGGACAACCGGAAAGAGCAAAGGAGCUAUUUACAGCAACUUUACUGUGUUAAAUUUUUGCUCAGCUACCGACGGGGUUCCAAGGCACAAUCCCUUGCCUGCCUUAUGGUUGCUGAAAGGAACCCAUGUUCUUGGACUUCUUUAUCCGCUUCGCAACGUAUUCGUGGGUGAUCAUAGUAUUAUGAUGACAACGAUCAACAAAGAAAAUAUUUUUAAAGCUGUCGACAAGUAUCACCCCUUUCUGGUUUUCGGAUUUCCACUUUUCCUAAUUUCAUUGGUCAAUGAUCCUGAAGCUAACAAGAUUGACAGAAGUAGCAUCGAAAUUGUUUGCAGUGGAGGGAUUGUAUUGAAGGAUUCAUUUUAUGAAACGAUGAAAAAACUUCCCAACGUCAAAUAUGUGAUCAACGGCUUUGGAAUGACUGAAUGUGGGGCCAUAACCACGACCGUCGACAUUGGUGGAAGCGUGGACCUUAUUCGAGCCGUUCCAAAUAUUCCCACAUUAUCGGUUGGAAAACUGUAUCCCAACACAAAGUUAAAGGUGAAAGACCUCAAAACUGGAACACCACUCGGCCCAUCCAAACAAGGGGAACUCUGCGUGUCAAGUCCAAUUUUAUCCUCUGGUUAUUGGAAUAGGCCAGAAGUUAAUGAACAAAACUUUCAAGAGGUUGGGGGAGAUCGUUGGAUGAAUACAGGCGACCUUGGCUAUUACGAUGAGAAUGGCUUCGUUUUUGUCGUUGAUAGGAUUAAGGAAACAUUUAAAUAUUUCAAUAACCACAUUUCCCCUGCCGAAUUAGAAGAAUAUAUUCUGCUUCACCCUGCUGUAGGAGAAGCUUGUGUUUUUGGCAUGAAAGACCCCGAUGGUGGAGAUCACAUUCCGCGUGCCAUCGUUGUUCUGAAGGCGGGCAUGAGUGCUACCCCGGAAGAAAUUGCAUCAUUCACAAAUGGAAAAGUGGCUGGGUACAAACAGCUCAGAGGUGGAGUCAUCUUUGUGGACCAACUUCCCAGAGGAAAAACAGGCAAAGUGUUGCGAACCAUGGCGUUCGAACUUUAUGGAAAUAAGUGAGAACAUUUAAAAAAAUUUCAAUGACAUAGUCACAUAUUAAUUUUAAAUUAGUUCAAAAUAAAAUACUAUUUCCUAAUACGUA